GGGCUGUCAGACAAGACAGGCCUUCAGAUCCUCAACGCGACGCCAAACAGAGAAAGGAAAGACAAAUGACUGGCGACAAGGCGAAUCUGUCUGCGCUGCUGCCGGCACCCAAGCCACUCAAGGUGCUCGUGCUGGGCAGCGGCGGCCGAGAACACGCGCUCGCGCUGCACCUCGCCCGCUCCAAACGCGUCGCGCACGUCUACUGCGCCCCUGGCAAUGGCGGCACGGCCAUCCUGGACAAGGCCCGAUGCUCGAACCUGGACGUCAAGGUGUCUGCCUCGACGCACUUUCAGGAAGUCACGGCCUGGGCACGCGAGAACGGCAUCGAUCUCUGCGUGCCCGGUCCCGAGCAGCCCCUCGUCGACGGCGUUGAGGCGGCAUUCAAGGCCGUGGGAAUCCCCGUCUUUGGACCCUCGCCGCUGGCUGCACAGAUGGAGGGCUCAAAGCAGUUUGCAAAGGCGUUCAUGGACAGCCACAACAUCCCUACGGCUGCCUUUCAAUCCUUUGAUGCCAGCCAGGUCAAGGAGUGCCUCGCAUUCGUCGAGCAGCUCGGUGGAGCGAGCAAGAUUGUCCUCAAGGCCAGCGGUCUGGCAGCGGGAAAGGGCGUGUUGCUGCCCGAGAACGACGAGGAGUGCAAGAAGGGCGUGCAGGAGAUCCUCGUCGACAAGUGCUUUGGUGAUGCAGGCUCGACGUUGCUCGUCGAGGAGAGACUGACCGGGCCCGAGCUGUCCAUCCUCACGUUCUCGGAUGGCUUCAACCACUUUUCGCUGCCGUCGUGCCAGGACCACAAGCGCAUCGGCGAAGGCGACACGGGCCCCAACACGGGCGGCAUGGGUGCAUACACCCCUGCCCCGGAGGGCUCUGCCCCUGGCGUGCAAGAGACAAUUGAAAACGACGUCAUUGCACCAACCAUUGCAGGCAUGCGCAAGGACGGCUUCCCCUUCGUCGGACUGCUCUUCACGGGCUUCAUGGUCACGCCGGAGGGACCAAAGGUGCUCGAGUACAAUGUCCGCUUUGGCGAUCCCGAGACCGAGGCGGCCCUGGAGCUGCUCGACGUCGAGGGCGGCGGGGCCGACCUGGCAGAGAUCAUGCUGGCCUGUGCCGAGCACAGGCUUGACAGCGUCCAGGUCAAGGUCAAGGAGGGCCAGCACGCCGUCAGCGUCGUUUUGGCCUCGGGAGGGUACCCAGGCAAGUACGCAACGGGAAAGAGGAUCGAGGUGGGCCAGCUGCCCCAGGGCGUCACUGUGUACCACGCAGGCACAAAGAUCGAUGGCGAGGGCCAUCUCGUCACUGCUGGCGGAAGAGUCCUGGCCGUCUCAGCCAGCGGAAGCUCGCUCAAAGAGGCCGUCGACCUCGCAUACAAGGGUGUCGAUGCGAUUCAGUUUGAGGGAAAGACGCUGCGGCGCGACAUUGCCCACCGGGCCCUCAAGCCUGCUGCUGCGCAAAAGGAAAGCCUGACGUACGCGUCGGCGGGUGUGGACGUGGACGCAGGCAACGAGCUGGUAGAGGCCAUCAAGGGCCACGCAAAGAGCACCGCACGGCCGGGCUGCGAUGCCAAGCUGGGCGGCUUUGGUGGCGUAUUCGACCUCAAGGCGGUCAACUUCAGGGACCCGGUCCUCGUGUCUGGAACCGACGGCGUCGGGACCAAGCUGCGCGUUGCCCUGGAUGCAAACAAGCACGACACGGUGGGCAUCGACCUCGUCGCCAUGUCGGUCAACGACCUCAUCGUGCAGGGUGCUGCGCCCCUCUACUUCCUCGAUUACUACGCCUGCUCCAAGCUCACCGUCCCCGUCGCUGCGUCCGUCGUUGGUGGCAUCGCCGAGGGGUGUCGGCAGGCACGCUGUGGACUCAUCGGAGGCGAGACGGCUGAGAUGCCAGGCAUGUACGAGGGACAGGACUACGACCUGGCCGGAUUCGCCGUCGGCGCCGUCGAGCGGGCCCGGCUGCUUCCGAAGCUCAACGAGAUGCAGGAGGGCGACGUGCUCUUGGGUCUGAGGAGCUCGGGCCUGCACUCCAAUGGGUUCAGCCUCGCUAGGAAGGUCGUCGGUCGGUCAGGGGCGAAGCUUGACGGGCCAUGCCCCUGGAAGGUGACAGAGGGAGAGAAGGGGACAUUGGCGGAGGUUCUCUUGACGCCGACAAAGAUCUACGUCAAGGCGCUGACGACGCUCCUUGGCCUCGAGAGCGACAUUGACGAAGCGGCGUGGAAGGCCUUGAGAGGUCUGUCGCACAUCACAGGCGGCGGCUUCACAGACAACAUCCCCAGGGUGCUCGCGCCCGGUCUCGGCGCACGCAUCGACGUGUCCAAGUGGGCACGGCCAGGCCUCUUCAAGUGGCUGCAGAGCGAGGGCAAUGUCGAGCCAAAGGAGAUGUGCCGGACCUUCAACAACGGCAUCGGCAUGGUCCUCGUCGUCAGUCAAGCCGGAGCAGACGAUGUCGUCCGAGCGCUGGCCAAGAGCGGCGAGACAGACGUCGUCAGGAUGGGUGUCGUUGAGAAGGGAGAGGGUGUCCGCUACGACGGGUUGCAAUCGUGGGCCUGAUGUGGGUCUUUGCGCAUGGAGCAAUUUAGAUGAUAUUAGAUUGUAUUGCAAAUGAAGAACAAG